AAGUGAGCUUAUAUAAAAACUUCUUCAACCAUGUCAGUACUUUCUUUAGAAUUACACAGUUAACACUAGGACUAGUACAAUAUUUUGUGAACUAUGGGGACAAAGGUAGAAGUUAUAGCCACAUGUCCAUUUUGCGAUCGUCAUGUUUCUGGAGACUUAAGACCAAUUAACACGCUAUCCGCAAGUGACGCCAAGAUAUCUCAACUGAUAAACAAGGAACCACCUCCGAUUCAGUCGGACUUCCAUGAGAAAGUGGAAGACGGAUUGCAAAAGUGGAAAGAUUCUAGAUGCAGAAAAGGGCGAGUCUUGAAGAGGAAGAUGGAAAGUCGAGAGAGUUCGGAAUCUGGGGAUAGCAUGGAAGAAGGUUCAAGUUCACAGCAGAAAUUGGAAGGAAAUUCUUGUUCACAGCAGAAACUGGAAGAAGAUUUGUUCACAGGAGAAAUUGGAAGAAGAUUCUGUUCACAGGAGAAAUUGGAAGGACAUAGUUCACUGUCGGAGACGGGUUCUGGAGAGGACGACACAUCAGAAAAUUCUGUAGACGCUAUAACUGAAAACAUUUUGGCUUUGGUCGAGGAGGAGUGAAGUGAUCCGGCAUGCGGGGGAUCGUCAAAUUUAAGGGGAAAUGCCGAAGUAAUCAUGGCCAUGUUGACAGAAGAGCAGGUUAUUAUUGACAAGAUUGAAAAGCAGGCAGCGAGGGCUUGUCAGCGGGACACUGAAGAGCCCCCGGCUAAACGGAGGAAAUGUUAAUUGAUAGAGAUUUAAUUAAAUUACAUUAUUAUAGACAUUGGUUGAAUAAAGAGUAAAAUUGUAAGCCGCCCACGUGCUGACCUUUACAUUUAGACCACCACCCGCCGGAAUUAAACCUCCCUUCUUGCGCCUGCGCCUUGGAGAACUGACUCCUGGGGUGGGGCCCUCAGCACAUGAU